GACGUUUAAUCGCGUGAAUCAGAGAAUGCUCUGUUUCCUGCAGCUCUCUAUUCAACUUUUACAUUGGUCUGCACCAAACUCCAUUCAGAAAACGGCUGAUUUAAGGUCCGUUAACAGAGCAUCAGACUACAGAGCUGCUGCAACAUGAAACUGAGGCUCUGAACACAGGACGUCUGCUCGUAUUCAACACACAGCACAGGUGACAGGAGGUCACAUGACCCCACCUGGACCAGCAGGUUCAGAAAGACCAGGUCCUGAUCACACACAGGUCUGAUCCCUGAGUCUGGAUCUGAAGACCAGACGAUCAGUUUGUUAUAAACUGAUCGAUGAUCAAUGUUCAGUUCUCAGCUGUCCUCCCCUCCACACACACACACACACACACACACACACACACACACAUAAAAUCACAGUUCAAUGAGAUGAGUCAUUAAAUCAGAACAAUGAUUAAUACUGACUGAUCAUUUCUGAAACCUUAUUGAUCACACACACAUUCUACUGUUUAACCAUCUGGUUCAUUUAUACACACACACACACACAUAUAUGUGUGUGUGUGUGUGUGUGUGUGUGUUUCCUUUUCGUGUCUGUUGGCAGACAGGCAGACAGAUAGACAGACAGGUUCCUCGGGCCCCGCCCCCUCUGAUGACAGACGGCGCUCUCAGCCAAUCACAGGCUGUGUGCGUCUGUGUGGGCGGGGCCUGGGGGCGGAGACAGAAAGUUUGCUCCUGUUGCUUUUGUCCAAAGUUUCAGAUUCACCGAGACCACCAGGACCACCGGGACCACGGAGCCGCGACCGGAUCUGCCUCUGCUCUGAGUGUGUGUCUGUGAGUGUGUAUUCACCCUGUGUGUGUGUGUGUGUUAAAGUCCACCUCCAGCCGCCACACCGACCCCUCUGCGCUCCUCUCUGGGUCCCGGAGUCAGCCGCGCCCCGCUCCUCUGUCCUGGAGGAAACAGAAGAGAGAGAGAGACAGAGAGGGGGAGAGAGGGGAGAGAGGGGGAGGAGGGGGAGAGGACCUCCAGCUUUUCUCUCGGUUUGUUAAAGUUCUCCAGCUGCGGCCUCCAUCUUGGAACCGUCCCCUCCAUGUUCAGGACUCUGUGAUCCCUCCACCCUCGGGUCGGUCCUCGGGUUAAACCACCUCUGGAUCUUUUCUCGGGACUUUUCGGCUCCAAUGAGGCGCGCGCGGCCGACGGAGAGCGAGCCCAGCUGACGUCAGUGAUCAGUGAUCGAUAGGUGUGGUCGGCCGCGGACGGAGCACGGAUCGGGGUCCGGGUCCGACCGGGUGCGUCGGAUGGAGGUUCAGCGGGCCCCUGCGGCCCCGGGACGGGCCUCCUCCUGCUGCGGGCUGCGGCUGCUCCUCCUCCCGCUGCUGCUGCUCCGCUGCUGCCGGGCCGAGGAAGAGGUGCUGAUGAACACUAAGCUGGAAACGUCUGACCUGCGGUGGACGACCUAUCCUGCUGACGACCCUCAGUGGGAGGAGGUGAGUGGACUGGACGAUGAGUCGAACAGCGUUCGGACCUAUGAGAUCUGCUCUCCUAACAGUGCGACGGCCUAUUGGCUGAGGACCCGGUGGAUCCCCCGCCGGGCGGCGACCACGCUCUACGUGGAGAUCCGGUUCACCAUGAUGGAGUGUUCGGGCCUGAACCAGCGUCACUGUAAAGAAACCUUCAACCUUUACCACUACCAGUCUGACGCCGACGAGGCCACGCCCACCCACCCGGCGUGGAUGGAGAACCCGUACACCAAGGUCGCCACGGUGGCAGCCGACCACCUGCUGUCGGUGAGCCGUGACCGCGGCGGUGAGCGGCGCUCCAAUGUGAAGCUGCUGCGCCUGGAGCCGCUGCGGGGGGCGGGGCUUUACCUGGCCUUCCACAGCCAGGGCGCCUGCAUGGCGCUGCUGUCCGUACGCGUCUUCUACAGGAAGUGCCCGCCCCUCCGCCGCGCCUUCGCCUCCUUCCCUGAAACCAUCCCCCACUCCCUGGUGGAGCAGGCUCAGGGCGUGUGUGUGGAGAACGCCGUGACGCCGCCCGGUGAACAGUCACGGCCUCCCAGCAUGCUCUGCGGCGAGGACGGGCAGUGGGUGGGGCAGCCGACGUCCAGCUGCGCCUGUCGCCCUGGAUACGAGGCGGGAGAGACGGACGUCCGCUGUCGAGCCUGUCCGUCAGGUCAGUUUAAGGCCGGAUCAGGACCUGGGGGGUGCAGUCCCUGUCCAGCCUACAGCAACACCCAGAUCCCAGGCUCCGCCUACUGCCCCUGUCGCCCCGGUUACCACCGAGCCGACUCCGACCCGCCGCACGCCGCCUGCACCCGCCCCCCCUCAGCUCCCCGCUCCAUUGUGAGUCAGAUCAACGACACCAUGGUGACCCUGGAGUGGAGCGAGCCGCUGGACCGAGGAGGACGAGGAGACCUGACCUACAGAGUCCUCUGCUCCAGCUGUGGGACCAGCACCAAGGGAUUGGUCGGCUCCUGCUCUCCGUGUGACGACAGCAUCGUGUACCGCCCGGUGCAGCGCGGUCUGACUCAGCGGCGAGUCGUGGUCCGGGGGCUCCGCCCACACACCAGGUACACCUUCACCGUCCAAUCCCUGAACGGCGUCUCCGCUGUGAGCCAAUCAGAGCCGGCGUCCGACCGAGUGAACGUCACCACCAGCAGAGACGUCCCGCCCCCGGUGUCCAGCCUGAGGAGGGCGGCGGCCUCAGAGACCAGUCUGACCUUAGAGUGGACCCCCCCUCUGCUGCAGAACCAGUACCAGGUCCUGGACUACCAGCUCCGCUACAGCCCCAAGGACGGCGAGGAGGCGGGUCAGUGGCAGUACGUGUCCACCAGGUCUUCUUCGUUGGUGCUGACGGGGCUGCAGAGGGCCAGCAGGUACCAGGUCCAGGUCCGGGCUCGGUCCCAGGCCGGAUACGGGUCGUUCAGCGCCGUGAGCAGCUUCAACACCCACCCCGACGGAGUGAGUAACUCUCAUGUGGUGGUGACGGGUGUUCUGGUCUCCAUGGGGAUCCUGCUGCUCAUCGCCGCGGUGAUGGUCGCCGUGUACUGUUACCGCAGGAGAAGGAGGGCUGCAGAGAUGAGGGAUAAGAGUGGACACUAUCAGAUGGGACAGACAAUGAAGGUGUACAUCGACCCGUUCACCUACGAGGACCCUAACGAGGCGGUGAGGGAGUUCGCCAAAGAGAUCGACGCCUCCUUCGUUAAGAUCGAGGAAGUGAUUGGAGCAGGUGAGUUUGGGGAGGUGUGUCGCGGCCGCCUGAGGAUCCCGGGCAGGAAGGAGAACUACGUGGCGAUCAAGACGCUGAAGGGCGGCUACACCGAGAAGCAGAGGCGGGACUUCCUGUCGGAGGCGUCCAUCAUGGGUCAGUUCCAGCACCCGAACAUCAUCCACCUGGAAGGUGUCAUCACCACUUCCUGUCCCGUCAUGAUCCUCACCGAGUUCAUGGAGAACGGAGCACUCGACAGCUUCCUGAGGAUGAAUGACGGACAGUUCACCACCAUCCAGCUCGUUGGGAUGUUGCGUGGGAUCGCGGCGGGGAUGAAGUACCUGUCUGACAUGAGCUUUGUCCACAGAGACCUGGCUGCUCGCAACAUCCUGGUCAACUCCAACCUGGUCUGUAAGGUGUCGGACUUUGGUCUCAGCAGGUUCCUGACUGAGAACUCCUCUGACCCGACGUACACCAGCUCUCUGGGAGGGAAGAUUCCCAUCCGAUGGACGGCUCCUGAAGCCAUCGCCUACAGGAAGUUCACGUCAGCCAGUGAUGCGUGGAGCUACGGCAUCGUCAUGUGGGAGGUGAUGUCAUACGGAGAGCGACCGUACUGGGACAUGAGCAACCAGGACGUGAUUAACGCCAUCGAGCAGGACUACCGGCUGCCCCCGCCCCCUGAGUGCCCCGCCUCUCUGCACGCGCUCAUGUUGGACUGCUGGCAGAAGGAACGAGCCAAUCGGCCGAGGUUCUGUGACGUGGUGGCGGCGCUCGACAGGCUGAUCCGAAACCCCGCCUCCCUGAAGGUGACGCACCCAGAGGGCCCCAGCUCGUCCCAGCCUCUGUUGGACCAGCGCAUCCCCCCUCCUCUGUCGUCCUGUGGUUCGGUCUCUGAGUGGCUGCGAGCCAUAAAGAUGGAGCGAUACGAGCAGAGCUUCCUCAGCCGCUUCACCAGCCUGGACAUCGUCUCCCAGCUCAACACAGAAGACCUGCUCAGAGUGGGCGUGACCCUCGCCGGCCACCAGAAGAAAAUCCUCUCCUCCAUCCAGACGCUCAGGAUACACAAGACCCCGCCCACCCUGCUCUACUGACCAAUCACAGCCCUGUCCCGCCACACUCAGGAGUCUGAGCCCCGCCCACUGUCAGUCUGACCAAUCAGAGAGCCUCAGGAGCCACAACGAGACGCCCUGAGCUCUUCCACAGCGAAUCAGAACUCUUUAAGCUUCACCCCCUUUGACUCAGGUGCAGAGAGACUCCACCCACCUCGUCAUUCUGACCAAUCAGAGCACAGGACAGAGUCGACACACAGCGUUCUGCUGCUCAACACUCAGGACAUACGAAGCCCCGCCUUGCCAAACCACUCCGACCAAUCAACUGCUCAGGAAACCCAAAGCUCCUCUGAUUGGUCAUUUAAUAAUCCUGCCCUGAACCUUGGACCAAUCAGCAUCCAGCACAGCAGGGAACAGGAAGGAUUAUCGUUGCUCGUUGGAUCAGAUCAGGACGAACCUGAUGAACCUGAAACAGGAAAAGCACAGAUUCACUUUUCUGUUGGAAAUUUAAAACCUGAGAUUAAAACAAAGCCGUUAACGGAUCAGACGAUGGUCCACACCGAAGAACUGGAUUUUAAUCCUGGAUACGAGUGAAACCUCAUCUGUGGAUCUUUGAAAACUCUGUCAGGAAUAAUCUGGAUUUCAGAAAGUUUUUUAUAAAUUCAUCAAGGAUGUGAAUAUUUUAAAUUCCUGAGGAACAUCAGGACGUCUGAGUUUCAUUCUGAGGAAUAAUCUGAGAUGGUCUCUGAAAACACUGCCUGAGCUUUCAUGGAAAUCCCUGAAGAACUUUACCUUCAAGGUUCAUCCACUUCACUGUGAUUCCUCAGGUGCUGAACUCCCUGAAACUCUGGGAGAAAAUCUCCGUCACAUCACAGGUUUAAACUGAAAUCAUCGUCGUCCGCUGACGGUGGAUUUAAAGUCGUCAGAUGUCGUUCACUGAGUCUGGGUUCACACUGAAGGAUCUACCAGGUUCAAACCUUAACGUGGUACCACAUCUAAACUGUUUCAGUGUUGGACCUGGUCUCAGUCUGAUGAACUGAACUGAUUGUAGACCUGUUUUUGUAUUUUAGCACUUUUUGUACCUGAUAUUUGAUCACGAUCAUGUUUUUUACUGAACAAACAUUUCAGAGUCUGUUGUUUCCGUUUUGUAAAGAAAAACUCGAGGACCAAAGAUCGAAUCUGAAGUCAGUCAGUCUCCGUCAGUCUCCUUGGUCCUUGGUCUGUCCGGUCAGACGCUGAUUGAUCUGCUGACUGAGCAGAGGAUCGUCUGUCCUCAGCUGCUUCUCUACGUUCUCAGUCUGUAUUUCAACAUCAGCUUCAGGUUCAGGUUUAUAAACACCUGAAAGCUUCGGUUGGUUCAGACUGUAAUGAAUAAAGCCAUAAAAACACCCUGAAGAAAAACCUGCACAGCUUCAUGAACUCUGCAAACAUUCCUGUCAGUCCUGCCGGAGAAGCUCUGAUUAACUGAGCUGUUCCUCUGUCAGUGAACGCAGCAUCAGACCUGUUGGAUGAGUCAGGUCCUGAACCUGAUGAAGACUCAGCUUCAGGUCUUGUUGAAUCCAGUCCUGAGCCACUGAUCCCUCGUCUUCCAUUGUUCUCAGAGCUCAUGACAUCACUGCAGCAGAAACACCUGGUCCAGGUUUACUGAGCGUUAGCGUUAGCGUUAGCAUCAGUACAGACUGACGUUAACCGUCCAGGUGUUUUACAGUGUCACGCUCUACGUUACCUGCGUCCGGUCUGAUCGACCUGCUUCACCUGACCUGCUGCUGAGCAGGUGAGUCAGUGACACCUGACGCUCAGGUAAAGGUCAGUGUGACACUGACUGACCUCAGGACUCGCUGACGCCUCAGGUCUCUGUCCUGUGAAGAAAUGAGAAUGUUGUUCGUCUCAGCCAAUCACAAUAAAGAUCAGUCGUCCUGUCCAA